AUUCAAGGUGUACUUCGACCCUCCUAGAGAUUCAACAUGUCUGCUUUACCCCCCGACGCUGCGACACUUCUUUCUCAGAACAAAGAUUGGGCUUCCAAGUUUCAGGAAGAUCAUCCUGGCUUUCUCCCCGAGAGUGCGGAUGGUCAACGUCCGAGGACCCUAUGGCUCGGGUGUUCAGACUCGCGAGUUCCAGAGUCGGUCAUCACUGCAGCUUUCCCCGGCGACAUCUUCGUGCAUCGUAACAUUGGAAAUCAAGCUUCGCCAAACGAUGAUAGUUUUCAAUCAGUCCUCGAAUUCACCAUGUCGGACCCGAAUUCACCUGUUGCCGCCAGCUUUCGUGUCGAGCACAUCGUCAUUGUUGGACACAUCGGCUGUGGUGCAGUCGAAGCUGGCCUUGAUCUUGCCCAAUGGGAUACCGAUCUUCCUGAUAAAUCCGAAUUCCCUCUCAUUCGUUGGAUACUUCCUAUCAUCAAACUCGCAAAGGAGGUCGGCACAUCGAUCAGCUUAGACGAUCUCAUCAAAGAGAACAUUCGUCGACAGGUUGACAUCGUCGCGAAGUCGACCCUCGUUCAGCGUAACUGGGAGAUAACGAAAGAGGAACAGGAGACACCGGUAACAAUUCAUGGAUGGCUGUAUCACCUCGGCACUGGGUUGUUGGAGCCGAUUUGUGAGGUUGCGCGACCGGACGAGAAGUAGGGCUUUGACUAAGAGGCAGAUUGUUUGGUUGUGCUCGCUGAACUACCGGGGCGCCGCAGUAUAUACAUUGUAUCGAGGUUUGAUAUUUUUCAUUUGGUCCAAACGGUUGACACUUAGUGUAUGAUAGUCAAGUUGGCAUUCAGGAAUUCAUGCAAGUUACGCGGGAAGAUUCGGAAACCGCGGGUUUUGCCCAAUUCUUAAUCAUGGGCUUUGAAUAAGUUAAACCUAUCCUU